AUGCGUCGUUUGUUUAUAAAUAACCGUCGUGAUGAAUUGCAAAAACAAGUGGCUGAAGGCAGUCUUAGUUUAACUGGCAGUAAUGAUGUGUUGACCUUGGCUUUGGGUCCCGAGCAUCCAGGGAGAGUAAGAGGGGUAGGUGCUGGGAUUUCCCCUAGGCAAUUCUUCAAUUUACCUAGACCACAGAGGAUAAAGUUUGCCGAUCAAUUGAAGGAAAGUGUAAGAAUUGUCCUUCAAGAAGAGACUAAGAAGAUGGAAGCUAGAACCAAACAAUUGGUAGAGGCUGAGAGGGAACAUUUACUAAGUCAGCUUUCCCACCUCAUCCCCAAUUUUGAUCCAAGCAUGCUUAAACCGAAAACUAGCCCCUGUCAAAACCAAGGUCUAGAGCAAAGUCCCAAAAAUCCAAUGUCUGAUAAAGCAAGCUGUUCUGGGGCUGAAGUGAGAUCCCUACAUUUAGAGGAUGAUACUGCCAAAAAUGGGGAACAGCAGGAAGAAACGGGUAAUGAAGAAGUUGAUUAUUCAAAUGUGGAGGUGCCAUCUUCCUUACAAUCCCUUUGUCGUUAUGUGGAAACGACACUAAAGCCACAGGGGAAGAUCAUGACCUUCAACAUUGAGAAGGAGGUGUUUGGUGCAGAUCGCAGUACCUUCGUCUUGCAUGAAGAUAUUACACAGUUUGCAGGCAUGGAAGAAAUUGGGGCUACUGUGGUUGCAGUAUAUAUGAGGUGCUUAUAUGAUCGUUUGAGAGAAGCAAAUAUGUGCAGCAUGGUUGGCUUUAUUGACCCUGCUCAAGUUAGUGCCAACGCUGGGUCACUAACUGACAGAUCACGAAUUGUAGCCAGUCGACUUCAGAAAACAGAUGGUGAACAGAUUUUCAUGAUGCCUUACAAUCCAGGCCGUCAUUGGGUCUUGCUGAUUGUGAGAGCAAAGAGGGAAACCGUCUAUUUUCUGGAUCCUCUGCCUGGAAAUCGUGUGGUUGAUGAGGAGGGCAAAAACAUCGUGAACAGUGCUUUAAAAAUUUAUAAUUCCCACAUAGGCAGACCAGGCCGUAAAGCACCAAUUUGGAAAACUCUGUCAGGCACACCAAAGCAACCCAGCAAUGUCGAAUGCGGGUAUUAUGUGAUGCGCUUCAUGAGGGACAUCAUCAUGGAUCCUUCCUUGGAGUUUGAGAAGAAGUUUGCCAAGGGAAAAGAGCAAGCGCCAUACCCCCAAGAAGCCAUUGAUGAAGUCCGGAAUGAAUGGGUAGAUCUUGUUUGCCUUCAUAUGGAAUAG